CCCCGCGCGGUGGGGUCAGAGGGCACGGGGUGGGGCCGGAAGUGAGGCCGGCGCGGCCCGGCGCGGAGCUCAGGCCCUGCCCUAUGGCGGAGCCGGAGCCAGAGCCGGAGCCAGAACCGGAUGAGUGGGAUCCGGGCCCCGGUUCGGUACCGGAGCAGUUCCUGCGCCUGGAGCAGCUCCAGGCCCGGGCGCUGCGGGCGCUGGGACCCCCGGGCCCCACUGUGACCCACAUCUACCGGCCCCUGGAGUACGCGUGGGAGCCCCACAGCCGCUUCGUGCGCACCUUCUGCACCGGGCCCCGCAGCGUCCUCUUCGUGGGCAUGAACCCAGGCCCCUUCGGCAUGGGGCAGACCGGGGUCCCAUUCGGAGAGGUCCAGCAUGUCCGGGACUGGCUCCACAUCGGGGGCCAGGUCCAGCGCCCGGAUCCAGAGCACCCCAAGCGCCCAGUGCUGGGCUUGAACUGCCCCCGCUCCGAGGUGAGCGGCGCCCGCUUCUGGGGCCUCAUCCGGCGCCUGUGCCCGGACCCACAGCGCUUCUUCACCCACUGCUUCGUCCACAACCACUGCCCCCUCCUCUUCCUCAGCGCCUCCGGCCGCAACGUCCCCCCCAGCGACCUCCCCCCCCAGCACCGGGGCCCGAUCCUGGAGCUGUGUGACCAGGCGCUGGUGGGUGCCGUACGGGUGCUGAGCACGCGCCUGGUGCUGGCCCUGGGCCGCUUCACCGAGCACCGCGCGCGCCGGGCGCUGCGGGGGGGGGGGGUCCGGGUGGAGGGGCUGCCCCAUCCCUCCCCCCGUAACCCCCGAGCCAACCGGGAAUGGGAACGGAUGGUGCUGAGCCGCCUGCGGGAGCUGGGGGUGCUGGAGCUGCUGGGGGGGGGGCGGGAUGAUGCUGAGGGGGGGGAUGGGGGAGAGGGGCAGGGGGUGGGGGAUGCGGAUGGGAAGGAGGGGACCCAGUGA